CCCUCAAGACAUCAAGCAAUGGCUCGCACCAACCUUCGAGUAGGCCUCAACAAGGGUCACCCCACCACUCCCAUCCCCAAGACUGUCCGACCUUCGCAACGCAAGGGUAUCCAGUCCACCAAAACCAAGUUUGUGCGAUCUGUCAUCCGGGAGGUUGCUGGAUUCUCCGCCUAUGAGCGACGAGUUUUGGAGUUGUUGAGGAACUCCAAGGACAAGAAGGCCCGCAAAUUGACCAAGAAGAGGCUGGGCACUCUCUUGCGAUCAAAACGCAAGUUGGAAGAGCUCUCGAACGUUAUCCAGGAGAGCAGGAGAGCAGGACACUAAAAUGCCAACUUAUGGUUUUCUCGAUAGCAUUCAUUAUGACAUGUACUAUGCCCGCAAUGCCCAUGCAUUAUACUCUCUA